CUGCUCCUUUUCCUGACGAUAACUUCACCUUCUUCAUUUGUAGAAGUCGCCCGGUCGCUCCUUCCCUCUGGGAGAAAAAACUUGCUCACCGCGGACCCGUGGUGUUGUGGGUGCCUGGAGGCAGACGCGUCUUCAACUUUUGAACCGCGUCAACCUUUCCACCCAGAACAAUAUGGAAUAAUAUCUUCCUCCUCACAAAGCCAGCACUCUCUUUUCCCCAUCGCCACACGGCUUUCCCUUUCGUUUGUCAAACUUCUCGCCUAUUCAUUCCUUUCCACAACAUCCUCUUUGUCACUCGUUCUCCGUCAAGCUCUUUUUUCCGAAUACCCUCACUUUGAAGAAUCGUCACAAAACAUUCACAUCCACGAGCAAGAAUGUCGCUGCCGCCGCAGGCUUCGUUCAGCUCUGCCACGACUGCGGUCGCCAGUCGUGGUGCGGCCUACCCUUCCGUUGAGGAAUUCACCUCAUUCAAGCUGCCGAACAAGCCGAGAAUCAUCAAGACUCUCACCAGCGAUGACAUCUCAGACCUUUCCGACGAGCCGGAUAAUACGCCUCACCCUACCAUGAAUCCCUCGACGCCCAUUCCUCCUUCUCCCAUGUCUUCGGAGGAGUCUGAUCGGGUCAUCGACCUCAACUACACUCCGCCCACCGUCCGAGGCAAGAGCAUGAUCUUGCCUCAGCACCCUCUCAGCGGCAAAGCCAAAUCUCCUCGCUGGCCUUUCCAGAACGCGACCCCUCGCACCUCGACUAUGGUGCCCAUUGUUCGAAGGUUCACUGGAAAUUCCAGCCGCUUCGACCACCAUCCUAGAGACGACUACAACCCAGCGGUCGAGAUCAGUGUCACCGAGUCCCUGGACGAGUUCCAGAUCAACCAUCCCAACGGCCGCUUGCUUGCGUCUCACCCUCAAGGCCUCUCUGUUCACGAGACUGGACGCAACCUAACCGGUCGCAACUUGGCCAACGUUCCCAUCCUAGUCGAGCAGCUUCAGCAGGAUGCUCAAUCAAGCAAGGCCGUUCCUUCCAAGCACGGACAAAGACCCUUCAAAGUCUUGUACCGCCGUUGCCAGAGCUCCCAGCUUCUCAAUCUUCAGAUCCUUCGACGCCGUCAGGACAAGCGAAAGAAGGAUUUUGAGACCGACACCACUUGGUACCAGCGCAUCAGUCUCGAUGAUGACAUUUAUGUCGGGUCCGUCGUCCUUACUCUCUUCUUCGUCACUCAAACGGUUGUCUCCAUCACUGUCAGUUUGACUAUGGUAGCUUCCCAGAUGACCAUCCCUUACUUCGUCGUUGUCUGGGUCAUGGUCAGCCUUAUCGUCACGAUCUUCACGGUCGUUGUGAGCCUUCAAAUGCGCUCUUUCCGCAAGAAGACCAACGCUCUUAUUGACGACGAGAAACGAGUCCGCUCCACUACCUUCCCCAAGCUCUCUCAUGAGGGUCAUCUUCACCUGCCUGCCGACGCUGCCGAGAUCGCUCAUCGCCGUCAGAUUGCUGCCGCCCUUGCAAAUGAGCAAGCUCAUGCAGGCAGCUCGACCGAAGAGUCCGAGAAGAGUUCCGAUGGAACCGUUGUCGGCCAGAUCACCCAGCCGCCCGCCGUAUUCGACCCUUUCGCUCCGGCUAUGCCCCAGGACACCAGCAGCGUCUACCUCUCAGCCAGCGGCACCUCUCCUCAGGGAAUCCAGGAUUCCAACGACACAGCUUGGCAGAACGUUGACGCCGCGGCGGUCGGAAACUCCCGCACUAGCUCCAUGACGGCUGUCGUCCCUGCGGCUGCUGCGAACCUCCAGGCGAGCAACCAGGGAUCGAGCUGCUAG